UCGUGACGAGCGGACGUGGGGCCUGCGCACGGUGUUACCGAUAACACGUAUCGGGCGUGUUUUUGCCGGGCAACCUAAUGAAAAAUUGAUGAAAAAGCGGUCCUAACGAUCCCUCCUCGGUCCUGGGGUGUAUGUAGACUGUGUUCUAAUUAAACAUUGUGAGAAGGAUAUUGGUAAUGUUAUCGGCUGCGAUAUGAAUGAUUAAAAGCCGAGCGUGUAAAAGCACUAUGACUGUGGAUACCUAGUGUUGGACAGUGUUGUGUUUAUCGAUUAUCGACAUAAUGGCUUGGUUGGUGUUGAUGUUGCUUCCGCUUGUCGCGGCAGCUCUGCCGGCGACUGAUACGGAUGCAUGCAACCCCGACAAAAUGACCGUUUAUCGGAUGGUUCUACAUACUUAUUGGACGAGAGAAAAAUUUCCGAAGCAUUAUCCGGACUGGAGGCCACCAGCCCAGUGGUCGAGGAUAUAUGGAGUAUCCCAUAGUCGGUCAUACGUUUUAUUCCGCUUGGGUCGACGAGUUUCGGCUUCCGUUCGACAAUUCGCCGAAUCGGGACGUUCUGAUACCCUCGGUUCCAGUCCGGGAACCCUCGACGUGUUCGGUGCACCAGUGAUCAGUCAGGGCGCUGGGAGAACUGAAGCGGAAUUCUUUGUAGACGGAAAUCACUCUAGAGUAUCAGUAAUGGCACGAAUGGUUCCGUCUCCAGAUUGGUUCAUUGGAGUAGACAGCUUUGAUCUCUGCGUCGACGGAAACUGGAUAGACAGCAUCACUAUAGAGGUGGAUCCCUUAGAUGCUGGCACCGAUAAUGGAUUUACAUUUACGGCGCCCAAUUGGCCGACCGCACCACAGGGGGUAGCGUAUCGCAUCACAUCCAAAUACCCUUCACAUCCCGCUGGUUCAUUCUUCUAUCCACAUCUGAGAAGACUACCACCGAUCGCCACAUUUCAAUUCAUAAAGCUCCGCGAAUACGAACUCUCGGAAGUAUUUCACCGAGAUAGCGACGAUCGACGAUACGACGUACUCCAGCUCGACAAACUAAGCCACAACAGCAUUGACGUACUCGACGGGAACAGGGCUCUCUCCAUAGCCGAGGAAGUAGAACGAGCUGAGGCACCUAGGAUUUAUUCAGAAGGAUCUCUCACUACACCCGAUAACGCUUAUUCUUAUUAUUCAAUUACAAACAACACAGCGAGUACAACCGAAGAGCCACGAUCAGCGAACGAGUUGCCAACGUCAGGGCCGACAGCCAGCGAGCGGUCCGCCCUAAGGAGUCUCGCGCGACGUUACCGCGCAAGGAGACGCCGCAAGCUGCGCGCAGAUAACACGGAUCCAGCCGAGCGUAGAAAACGGAAAAGGGCGAAACUUCUAGAUUGCCGUGUAUCGGAUUGGGGUGAAUGGAGUCCCUGCAGAAAUGACGGCGGUUGUGUUGGAUCGGCAUUACGUACACGAAGGAUCUUACGUCGCCAACGACCUGGUGGCAAACCCUGCCCUCCCACAGCACAAUCUCGGUGGUGUGCCACAAACUGCACCACGCCAGUACCCCAAGAUGACUGGCGAAAUAAUCUAACGUAAUUCACAUUAAAUCCAAAUUAUUCCAUUUUUUAAUUAUUUUCCUCUCAGUUUAAUGAUCAGUAUUUUGACAACACUAUUUACGUCUUUAUUUUCCUUUCGUUGGCAUCUGUCUGUCCGUCCAAUAAAAUUGAUUUUGAUUCCAAUCGUAUCUGACAUUGAUAUUUUUAAUGUAAAUUCGUGGUGUGUAAAAAUAUUGGAUAAAAUUUCUGUAUAAAAUAAUUUAUUAAGAGACGACUGUUGAUGUUCGGUGAUGGUAGACUUUGAUUGUUUGCCGCUGUACCUAAUAAAUGCUUUUUCUCUUUCUUUUUCUAUUUGUUUGUCAAUUAUCAUUAGGAAUAAAUUUAAAUAUUGAGAUGUGACUUAGAAUGAUUCUCAUCAUAAUUUUAGUUACCCGAUGUAUUUCAGAUUUAUUUCUUAUUUAUAUUAAUUAACAUUAUUUAAAAAAAUGAAAUGUUCAUUUGAUUACAACACUUUAAUACAUUUCUGAAAUAAGACCAACCACGUACUAAGCUACUGACCGCACACGGCAAUCGCUAGCGAUUGUCUAGAAUAUACACAUAACAUGUUUUAAAUAAUUCUGUUAAAUUAUUACGUUUUUACUAGAUACUAAGUACUUGAAAGCUACGUAGAUAUACGAAGACUUUAAAGCCACCUCAUCUGCCUUCUCCGUGUAAAUUGUCGCGUUUCCUCAGCGACUUGUCGUAGGAAUGUCGUAACAGUAUCAAUAGUCCGCGUGUGGUUAGUCAAUUAGUAGUGUACUCGUAUCAUCACUAAAAUAUACAUAUCGCUUAAGUAUUCAAGUUUGUGACAGUAAUUCAAUAAAUAAUAGAACUUUUUUAGGAAAUAAAAACUCCAAAGAUGCAGCUUUUAUUUUUAAUACUUGUAAGUGUAAAAAAUUAAAUGAAUAAGUCUGUAUUUAGAAAAUAAGAUUGAAUUAACGUUCGAUAUAUUUUUUUUGUUACAAUUAUCCCUUUUUUAUUUAUUAUAAAACAGUUUAUUUUAUUAUUAAACACCCAAAAAUAUUAUUUUCAGGAUAAGUAUGCACGGUUUCAUUACGUAUUAAUUAUAUUUAUAUGUAGAAUUAUGAUGUAAUUGUUUAGACAUUCUUUAACUUAAUUAAAAAAUGAUAAGUGGUAAAUGGUUUAAUAGCUUUAUAAUAUAACAAAAAGUAUGUGUUUUGCUUCGUCAUGCCAAAGAAAAACUAGGCUUAAUUUCGAUACCCGGACAAACGCAAUUUCAAUCAUCAAAUAAAAAAUAUAUGUAGUAGUUAAUUGUGUGCUUAUAAUUAUUACGGCUCUGUAUAUAAAUAUUUAUUUUUAUUAUUGUCGGUGGAAAUUAAUAGGAAGAAACAAUAAUCUUUAAUAAUUAAUUAUCAAUUGGCUAUCAAAUAACGCAAGUAUAUAUUGAUUUACAAUAAUUACAUACAAUAAAUUAAUUUUUCAUACAUUGAUAAGUUUGCUUAAUACUAGAAUAAUUUGUCACCAAUGGCAUAUAACCAGUUUCUAAAACAUCGGUCAACGUCACAUGAAAUAAUUUGGCUUUGUUCUGAAUCUUCAUUGGUCGAUAGCAGCUGAUGAUGAGUUAGGCAACCAAUGUUCAUAUUAAAGCCAGUCAACCUGACGUAGAUCAACGUUGCAGAAACUGGAAGUAAGACUAUAACAAAAGGAAUGGAAAUUUGAAAUCUUGAGAUUUUUACGUCUCGUAUCAAGAGAAUAAUUCUUAAAAUCAUUUCCAAAAAUCAUGGCAAACUUUACUCACGUCACGUUUAAAAAAACAAAAACUUCAAGUUUGUAAACUUUAACAUUUGAGAAAAAUAGUAUAAUUUAAGUAGUAACAAGAGAUCAUAUAUAAAUUUUAUCUCAAAAUAGUAAUAAAUAAAAAAAAAAUAAAAAAACAAACAUUGUAAAAUAGAUACCAAAAUUGUUAACCUUAGCGUAAUGAUUACUGAGUAUGUGUAUUUUUUACAAUGUAAAUUAUUCUGAUUUCAAUAA